UUCUAUUAAAGAUCUACGCAAUCAUGACAUACAAAGGGGAGCCUAUUAUUGCUGCGUCAGGUAUCACAGUAGACGCAAAUUGUCGUAGGUUUGCAGUAGAUGAACGUCGAGAACACUUUUACAGAGCUGAAGUACAAAACAGGGUUUACAAAAGGGAAAUCAUAGAGCUAGAUCAAGAGAUAUUACGCCUUGAAAGACUGAUGGAGAUACCUGUCAAACCAUAUCCUAAACUUACGAAAGAGUUGUUGUAUGCAUUACCCGAAUCUAGAGUGGACCCGUCACCGGAUGUGAGACGGCGGUGGGAACAAGACAGAGAUUUGUGUUGUUCCAUAUCAGAUGCUGGCGAUGUAUGUAUGGGAGUGUCAGAGGACCGCUCUGAUGAUGGCCAUGUUGAACAUGGCGAAGACACGCGUCCGCGACCCAAACCUUUCCGUCGACGGGCCAACAGACUGAGCAUACGUGUAGCUACAAAUUAUGCAUAUACAAAAUUAUGUAAACUACGCCCAAGAUUCAGUGUUGGAAGUGUAAACUAUAAACAUGAAUAUGAAGAUUUAAAAGGUUCACCGACGUCUCCAGACGGACAUUUGUACCAUAAUAUACAAAUAGAACGAAGCAGAUCGUCACAUCCUCUAAUGAGACAAGAGGCACUAGAGCUUGGACAGGGAGGGGAAAUGGCAAAUGUAUCCAAGCAAGACUCUGAAAAAAGUGAAACGCAAACAUGCGACACUCGAGUAUCGGAUGACGCUGAAUCUGAAAUUGCUCAAGAACCUAUUAAGUUUUAUGUACCACAAAUGGACCUUCUCGAGGUUCCGUCCAAUACAGAUUUACCUGGUUGUGAACAAAAGACACUAACAAAAGCAUAUUCUGCCCCUAUUCGCCGACGUCGAAAAUAUGGCAAUACGCUAGCUGUACCACCAAUGCAAGAGGCAUGUCUUAUAACAGAAGUGGAUACAGGUACCGAACGUCGGACAUCUCCACGUUUACGCCGUGCAAGGUCAAUACUAGAACACGAAAGAAGGACGAGAAUAAGAAAGUUACAAUCCGAUUUGAGGCGCAUUCAGAAAGAAUUACAGAAUUUAAAUGAUCUUGAGUAUGACGUUUCUGAAGUAUAGCUGUCACUUAAUAGGCAUAAGAAACGAUGCAAUAGGUGACGCCUCACGAUGAAAUUUCAGAAGGACAGGAACAGGAUGAAUUAUCAAUGAAUAAAAUAUGUUUGCAAGAUUAAGAUUGAUUAAUUCAGAUUACUAUUUGUGCUGACAUGGUAAUAAUUUGAAUAAACGCGUAAUUGCCUCAGAUCUCGUCGGAGACGCUAAUCUGAUCGUUGAAUUAAGUCACUUUAUGCAUUAAUCAUGUCACACAAUUCUCUGUCAACACAGUAUAUAUAAUUACCCUGUCACUUCCACCCUGCCAAACGUUAGCCAAUAACAUUUAUCAUUUUAAAUUGAACUGAGCAUAGACAGAGCAUAUACAAUGUUAAAACAAGGUAUGAACACAUACAGACAAUAAAAUGUUCAGUGCAGAUGUUAAAAAGAACAAAACUGACACGGUUCUUGUGCUGAAAUGCUUGAUGACGCACGCAUCGGUAAAAUCUUUAUACGUCAAAAAGAAAAGAACUGACAUUUUAAGAAAAUCCAAAAAAGAAAUGUGGCCUUUUGAACGGAAAAUAGCGUAUUGGAUAUGUAUUUCUCAGUUAAUAAGAUUUCGUGGAGUGUUCAGUCAUGUAUUUAUUUCAUUGCAUGUAAUCUCUAUAUAUUCCCAAUAAACUUCUACAGGGUUCCGUUAUCAUCUUUGAGAAAACAAUUAUCCAAAAUAGGAUUUUACAAGAAAUAAGCCAUAUUUCGUGUUUACAACAAACAUUGAGGCAGCCACAUUCUAAACAAUAGAAUCUGUAAAAAGAUCCCUUGGAAGCAAUGAAUGCAACCAAGAAAUAUUAGCAGACUUGGUAAUUGAUUGAGUCUGUUCAUGAGAGGUAAUAAAAUUUGCAACCCCUCUCAUGCCCCCUAGCGCCGGCUUAAGCGGAACUCUAUUAUACAUCUAUUGAAUGGACUCCAUGAUCCCAAAGGACCAAAAAAUAUAACAACAUUGAAUACAAGUACGGGGAGACUUUUUACAGCCGCCACACGGCACUUAAAGGUUAUUGUUGUGAUAGUUAAUAAAAUCUGUAAAAAUAUCCAUUGGAAGCAUAGCAUGCAACCCAAAAAGAAUAAUAGCAGACUCGGUUUGAUUGAGUCUG